GUGCGCCUAAUGCAAUUGAUCUUCCGCGGCCGCCAGGGAUUUCCGUUGCACACGCUCUCCGCCCUACCAGCGAUCAUACGAACUGCUCCUUUGGCUCCUGAAGCUUCUCCGCCCAUCCCCUCUGAUCUACGGGCCGAAAACGGGUCUGACUCCACAGCCAACCAGACAUUGUCAUAGCUUGUCCGUUGCGAUUACGACCAGGCGUAUAUCUACGAAAGCUCGUUGGUCGAGAAUCACGGGGUAGGGAUCUUUGCGAGAAUGUCCCUCAAUCGUGUCUCCUAUCUGGAGUCGUGGGAACAAAACCCCGCCGCAUUCCGCCGCCAACCGCGUCCAGAGGACUCCGAGGAUGAAGAUGGAUAUCAUGAUCUCCCGGAGACUUCACUGUCAUCGUCCUUCCAAUCAACUAUCAGCCGUCGUUCCUUCCGACAGCGCUUAAACUUCAACCCAUACGCUGGGCCCGGGUGGAGCGAGGUGUCCGGAGAUGAGGCCGAUAGACACACUCUUCUCAGGGCUGCCUCACCAAGGCGCAGCCGGGCCGACGAAGUCGAAACCGAACAGCCUCCAGAAAACCAUGUUGCCCUGAAAACACAAGACUAUGAGAGUCUGGAGACGACAGGGGCAUUUGAGGUUGAACGCACAAAGCGAAUCUUGCAGGUGUGUAUCGCAGUCAUAUAUUGCUUUUUUGCGGCGGGGAUAGUCUUCGGUUUUGCAGCCAUCAAGCCCGUCCUGAUCAAAGAAGGUGUCUACCGCAACCAGUGCUCGCAGGAAGAGCUCGAGAGUGGUUCGGACGUAUGCUACGGACAGGAACUACGGCUGAAUUUGAUGUUCACGAUAGCGGCCGUUGCCACCAAUGUAUCCGCCUUGCCCGUAGGGACAAUCCUGGACACCUACGGCCCACGAGCGUGUGGCGUCAUUGGCAGUAUCUGUUUGACGCUGGGAAGCCUCCUAUUCGGACUUGCCCCUAAGCUCCCAGUCGAUGCUUACCUCCCAGGAUAUCUCUUUCUGUCUCUUGGAGGUCCCUUCGUCUUCAUUCCGUCAUUCCACCUGUCAAACACCUUCCCAGCCCGCUCGGGUCUUAUCCUAUCCACCCUAACGGGUGCGUUCGACGCCUCCAGUGCUCUCUUCCUCAUCUUCCGUGUAGUGAACGAAAAGACAGACGGUGUCUUCACCUCGUCACGAUUUUUCCUUCUUUACCUCAUUGUCCCAAUCUUCAUUUUGGUCGCUCAGCUAACGAUCAUGCCGACAACAUCCUACAAGACCGCCGGCGAGCUUGUCCGGGAAGUUCAAGCCCACAUCGCCGCAGAGGCAACCGAUCAGAUCGACGAGGGUCUUAAUGAUCGCCAUGAAAGUGAACGGCAACGCAAUGACCGCCGCCUCCACCGGCAAACGGUCAUCAACCAAAUUGAAGAUCUGCUAUCCGCCGAGCAGCACCAGCAGCCACAGCCAGAGCCAGAACCGGCCAAGCCUACGAACCCCCACACUGCCGGCGGCGUUUGGGGUGCCCUGCACGGCCUCUCAGCCUUGCGUCAGAUCCGUACCCCCUGGUUUAUUCUUAUCACUCUUUUCACGAUCCUUCAAAUGCUUCGAAUCAACUACUUCGUCGCCACCAUUCGCCAGCAAUAUACCUACCUCCUGGACUCGCCCGCCCUCGCACAAACCCUCAACUCGACCUUCGACGUCUUCCUUCCGCUAGGCGGCCUGAUCUCGGUUCCCUUCAUCGGCACGAUCCUCGACAACGCAAGUACGCCAUUCGUGCUGGGAACCCUCGUCACCACGGCCACCCUCAUCGGAAUCCUAGGCUGUAUCCCAAGCAUGAUAGCGGGAUAUGCCAACAUCGUUCUUUUCGUCAUCUACCGCCCCUUCUACUAUACCUCGGUUUCUGACUACGCCGCCAAGGUCUUUGGCUUCCAGACCUUUGGCAAAGUAUACGGACUCAUCAUCUGUCUCGCCGGGUUCGGGAACUUCGCCCAGGCCGGCCUCGAUGCCCUGACGUUCCGUGUAUUUGACAGAAACCCCACCCCAAUCAAUGCAUUCCUCACCGGCACCACGUUCCUCGUUGGGGUGGUAAUGGUAGUGUACGUAUUCUGGGAGGCAGGGAAAAUGGCCGCCGCCUCAAAAGCCAACGAAAACGGCGUCGACGCGACCAUCGCUGAGAAUGGACUCAGCGUGCCCCGGUUGCACGACGGAAUCGAUUCCCGGGACUGGGCACUCGGUCGGGAAGGGGAACGCGCGCCGCUACUACAAGCCGCCGGAGGCGGUAGACAUGGUGAUGCGUCUUCGUAUGGGAUUUCUGGUCCUUAGGAGACGCUUGUCUUGCCUUCCUCCUUUUUCUUCCCCCCCCUCCCAAUUCUUACCAUUUGGAUAGUCAGGGUAGGUUGUAUACCUAGUUAUACUUUCUCGUCAUUCGUUUGUAGAUAGAUGUAUUGGAGAGAUGGAUCGAUGGAUGGAUCCAUGAAGCAUUAUAUAGUAGUUAGUUUAGGCCGACGAAUGUUGAAUAUGAUGAAAUGAUUGAUGGGUG